AUGGAGUUGGACUUGGGAGAGAAACUUCUCGACGUUUACGAUUUCCACGCAGACGACCACUUCAACUUAUCGCUGCGGAAUUGUAGCGAGAUGGACGAGGACGGAUACGAGGACUGGUGCGAGGCGGGCGAACACGAGCGGACCAUCAAGUUGUUCCAGACGUGUCUUUUCGCUGUCAUGUUCUUGUUUGGAAUGGCGGGAAACGGCCUGGUGAUGGUCACCUUGGUGGCGUACCGACGCCUGCGUUCCAUGACGGACAUCUUCCUGUCGCAGCUGGCGCUGGCAGACAUGCUCCUGCUGCUCACGCUGCCGCUGCAGGCAGCGGAUACCAACGUGGGCUGGAUCUUCUCGACAGCGGCGUGCAAGGUGAUGCGCGCCUGCUACGCCAUCAACACAUACAGCGGCCUGCUGCUGCUGGCGUGCAUCAGCGUGGACCGCUACCUGGCCGUCGCCCGCCCUCAGCCGCGCCUGCAUUCUCAGAUGCUACGAGGCGGGAAGCUGGCAGCAGUGGGGGUGUGGCUGGCGGCGGCGCUCCUCAGCCUGCCCGAGGUUUUGUUCUCCGGUGUGUCGGGCUCGGGGAGCGACGCCUACUGCGGUGUGCUGACGAGCGGGAAAGUGAAAAUGGCCACCAACGGAGCGGUCACCGCCGUCUUCGGUCUGUCCUUCCUGGUGAUGGCAGCGUGCUACUCUCUGGUGGCGCGCGUGUUGUGGGCGAGGACCGCAGCGGGGCGGGCCAAGCGCUGGCGCCAUCAGCGCACCUUGAAGCUGAUGGUGGCUCUCGUGCUGCUAUUCGUGGUCUUCCAGCUGCCGCACAGCGUGGUGCUGUCGCUCAAGAUGGCUGCACCCUUUUGCGCCCUGCUGCCGGAGUACGUCACGUGCACGCUGGCGUACGCCCGAUGCUGCCUCAAUCCCGUCAUGUACGCGCUGGUGGGCGUGCGCUUCCGCGACGACGUGCUCAAGCUCCUCCCACACGUGUGCUGCUUCUGUAGGCUCGGCCUGCGCGCUGACGGCGCCGCCUCAAUGGCCUGCUCGCCGACGUCACAUGAGACCACGCCCCCUGCCACUUGGCAUUCAUCCUUGACCCAAUAGCCUAUCACAUGACAUUAUUAUGUAAUCUGAUUACAUUUGCCACAGUUGUUUGACAUUGUCAUGAGUAUUCAU